GCCCCGCGCGUCCCGCCCCCGCCCAGCCUCCUGCUCAGUUCGCCCCGUGCCUCAGCUCGGAGCGUAGCGGCUCCAGCUCCCGGAGCCCCGCGGAGCCAGCACGGCGCUCACCCUGCCGGCCAUGCGGGGCCACCCCGCGCCCGCCCCAGUCCCGGCCGCGGCGCCCGCGGGAAGGGGCUGAGUCGCCCGCCGCCCGCCAGCCGCCCGCAUGGCGCGCCCCGCCGCCGCGCUCGCCCUCUGCCUGCUGCUGCACCUGCCGCUGUCGCCGCUGCCGGGCGCCCGGGCGCAAAGCCCCGCAGGCAGCUGUUCCUUCGAUGAGCACUACAGCAACUGUGGUUAUAGCGUGGCCCUAGGGACCAAUGGGUUUACCUGGGAGCAGAUUAAUACGUGGGAGAAACCAAUGCUGGACCCAGCGGUGCCCACAGGAUCCUUCAUGAUGGUGAACAGCUCUGGAAGGGCCUCUGGCCAGAAGGCCCAUCUUCUCCUGCCUACUUUGAAAGAGAAUGAUACUCACUGCAUUGAUUUCCACUACUACUUCUCUAGUCGGGACAGGUCCAGCCCAGGGGCCUUGAAUGUCUAUGUGAAAGUCAACGGCGGGCCCCAGGGGAACCCCGUUUGGAACGUGUCUGGGGUUGUCACCGAGGGCUGGGUGAAGGCAGAGCUUGCUAUCAGCACCUUCUGGCCACAUUUCUACCAGGUGAUAUUUGAAUCCGUCUCUUUGAAGGGACAUCCUGGCUACAUCGCUGUGGACGAGGUCCGGGUCCUUGCUCAUCCAUGCAGAAAGGCCCCUCACUUUCUACGACUACAAAAUGUGGAGGUGAACGUGGGACAGAAUGCCACAUUUCAGUGUAUUGCUGGUGGAAAAUGGUCUCAGCAUGACAAGCUUUGGCUCCAGCAGUGGAAUGGCAGGGACACGGCCCUCAUGGUCACCCGAGUGGUCAACCACAGGCGCUUCUCGGCCACCGUCAGUGUGGCUGACACUGCCCAGCGGAGUGUGAGCAAGUACCGCUGUGUGAUCCGCUCUGAUGGUGGUUCUGGCGUGUCCAACUAUGCUGAGCUGAUCGUGAAAGAGCCUCCUACGCCCAUUGCCCCUCCAGAACUUUUGGCUGUGGGAGCCACAUAUCUGUGGAUCAAGCCUAAUGCUAACUCCAUCAUUGGGGAUGGCCCCAUCAUCCUCAAGGAGGUGGAAUACCGUACCACCACGGGCACCUGGGCUGAGACCCAUAUCGUUGACUCCCCCAACUAUAAGUUAUGGCAUCUGGACCCUGAUGUGGAGUAUGAGAUUCGAGUCCUACUUACACGGCCAGGAGAGGGGGGCACAGGACCCCCAGGACCUCCCCUCACCACCAGAACCAAAUGUGCAGACCCUGUGCACGGCCCGCAGAAUGUGGAGAUUGUGGACAUCCGAGCCCGGCAGUUGACCCUGCAGUGGGAGCCCUUCGGCUACGCGGUGACCCGCUGCCACAGCUACAACCUCACAGUGCAGUACCAGUAUGUGUUCAACCAGCAGCAGUACGAGGCCGAGGAGGUGAUUCAGACCUCUUCCCAUUACACUCUGCGUGGCCUACGUCCCUUCAUGACCAUCCGGCUGAGGCUCCUUCUGUCCAAUCCUGAGGGUCGGAUGGAGAGCGAGGAGCUUGUGGUACAGACAGAGGAAGAUGUUCCAGGAGCUGUUCCUCUAGAAUCUAUCCAAGGGGGGCCAUUUGAGGAGAAGAUCUAUAUCCAGUGGAAACCUCCCAAUGAGACCAAUGGUGUCAUCACACUAUAUGAGAUCAACUACAAGGCUGUUGGCUCCCUGGACCCCAGUGCCGAUCUCUCCAGCCAGCGGGGGAAAAUAUUCAAGCUCAGGAAUGAAACACACCACCUGUUUGUGGGUCUUUAUCCAGGAACCACCUACUCCUUCACUAUCAAAGCCAGCACAACGAAGGGCUUUGGGCCCCCAGUCACCACUAGGAUUGCCACCAAAAUUUCAGCUCCUUCGAUGCCUGAGUAUGACACAGACACGCCAUUAAAUGAAACUGAUACAACCAUCACAGUGAUGCUGAAGCCUGCACAAUCACGGGGAGCCCCUGUCAGUGUUUAUCAGUUGGUUGUCAAGGAGGAACGACUUCAGAAGUCACGGAGGGCCGCUGACAUUGUCGAGUGCUUUUCAGUGCCUGUGAGCUAUAGGAACGCUUCCAAUCUUGAUUCUCUACACUACUUUGCUGCUGAACUGAAGCCCUCCAACCUGCCUGUCACACAGCCAUUUACAGUGGGUGACAACAAGACAUAUAAUGGCUAUUGGAACCCUCCUCUUUCCCCACUGAAAAGCUACAGCAUCUACUUCCAGGCACUCAGCAAAGCUAAUGGAGAAACCAAAAUCAACUGUGUUCGUCUGGCUACCAAAGGAGCUUCCACUCAGAAUUCAAACACCAUGGAGCCAGAGAAGCAGGUGGAUAACACUGUGAAGAUGGCUGGCGUGAUUGCUGGCCUCCUCAUGUUCAUCAUUAUUCUCCUGGGUGUGAUGCUCACCAUCAAAAGGAGAAGAAAUGCUUAUUCCUACUCCUAUUACUUGAAGCUGGCCAAGAAGCAGAAGGAGACACAGAGCGGAGCCCAGAGGGAAAUGGGGCCUGUGGCUUCAGCUGACAAGCCCACCACCAAGCUCAGUGCCAGUCGCAAUGAUGAAGGCUUCUCUUCUAGCUCACAAGACGUUAAUGGAUUCACAGAUGGCAGCCGCGGGGAGAUGUCCCAGCCCACCCUCACGAUCCAGACUCACCCCUACCGGGCCUGUGACCCUGUGGAGAUGAGCUAUCCAAGGGACCAGUUCCAGCCUGCCAUCCGGGUGGCUGACCUGCUGCAACACAUCACCCAGAUGAAGAGAGGUCAAGGCUACGGAUUCAAGGAGGAGUAUGAGGCCUUGCCAGAAGGGCAGACAGCUUCGUGGGACACGGCCAAAGAGGAUGAAAAUCGCAAUAAGAAUCGAUAUGGAAACAUCAUAUCCUAUGACCAUUCUCGAGUGAGGCUGCUGGUGCUGGAUGGAGACCCACACUCCGAUUAUAUCAAUGCCAACUACAUUGAUGGAUACCACCGGCCUCGGCACUACAUUGCGACCCAAGGUCCAAUGCAGGAGACCGUAAAGGACUUUUGGAGAAUGAUCUGGCAGGAGAACUCAGCCAGCAUCGUCAUGGUCACAAACCUCGUGGAGGUGGGCAGGCACCCAGCGGAACACACUGUGGGAAAUGCCACGCUAGGCCGUGCGGCGUCCCCCGGAAUGGUGAAGUGUGUGCGGUACUGGCCAGAUGACACAGAGGUCUACGGAGACAUUAAAGUCACUCUGAUUGAGACAGAGCCCCUGGCUGAAUAUGUCAUCCGCACCUUCACAGUUCAGAAGAAAGGCUACCAUGAGAUCCGGGAGCUGCGCCUCUUCCAUUUCACUAGCUGGCCUGACCAUGGUGUCCCCUGCUAUGCCACCGGCCUCCUAGGCUUCGUCCGCCAAGUCAAGUUCCUCAACCCCCCUGAAGCUGGACCCAUAGUGGUUCACUGUAGUGCUGGAGCUGGGAGGACUGGCUGCUUCAUUGCCAUUGACACCAUGCUCGACAUGGCCGAGAAUGAAGGGGUAGUGGACAUCUUCAACUGUGUUCGAGAGCUUCGAGCCCAGAGAGUCAACUUGGUACAGACAGAGGAGCAGUACGUGUUUGUGCAUGACGCCAUCUUGGAAGCAUGCCUCUGUGGCAAUACCGCCAUCCCUGUAUGCGAGUUCCGCUCUCUCUACUAUAACAUCAGUAGGCUGGAUCCCCAGACCAACUCCAGUCAAAUCAAAGAUGAGUUUCAGACCCUCAAUAUCGUGACACCUCGCGUGCGACCUGAGGACUGCAGCAUUGGCCUCUUGCCCCGAAACCAUGACAAGAAUCGGAGCGUGGAUGUCCUGCCUCUGGACCGCUGCCUGCCCUUCCUUAUCUCCGUGGAUGGUGAAUCCAGCAACUACAUCAAUGCGGCAUUGAUGGAUAGCCAUAAGCAGCCUGCUGCCUUUGUGGUCACCCAGCACCCUCUACCCAACACCGUCGCAGACUUCUGGAGGCUGGUGUUUGAUUAUAACUGCUCCUCCGUGGUGAUGCUGAAUGAGAUGGACACUGCCCAGGUGGGAGCUGGGAGGCUUGAACCCAGGUCCUUGUGCACUGUAAUGUGUGCACUUAACCAGCUCUGUAUGCAGUACUGGCCUGAGAAGACUUCUGGAUGCUAUGGGCCCAUCCAGGUAGAGUUUGUGUCUGCAGACAUAGAUGAGGACAUCAUCCACAGAAUAUUCCGCAUCUGUAACAUGGCUCGGCCACAGGAUGGGUAUCGUAUAGUCCAGCAUCUCCAGUACAUUGGCUGGCCCGCAUACAGAGACACACCCCCCUCCAAGCGCUCUCUGCUCAAAGUGGUCCGGCGGCUGGAGAAGUGGCAGGAGCAGUACGAUGGACGGGAGGGACGCACUGUGGUCCAUUGCCUAAAUGGGGGAGGCCGCAGUGGAACCUUCUGUGCUAUCUGCAGCGUCUGUGAAAUGAUCCAACAGCAAAACAUCAUCGAUGUGUUCCACAUUGUAAAAACAUUGCGUAACAACAAAUCCAACAUGGUGGAGACCCUGGAACAAUAUAAAUUUGUAUACGAGGUGGCACUGGAAUAUUUAAGCUCCUUUUAGCCCAGCAGGAUGGAGAACCUGCCAGAAGCCAGAGGCUGCUGCAGUCAAGCCCCCUUUUCUGUGAAUGGCAGUGGCUGGACCCAGGGUCUUAGAGAUGGCACCCUGGCCAACUCCAAGGAGAAGACUGGUGGUCCCUGGUGGGCUCUGCACUUUCUGAGGGAUCUCUUGUAGCUGUGGAGAAGCUUUCCUGAAUGCCCAAGUUUCCAUUCUCACCCAGCCCACCCUAGACCUGGGCCCAUGCAGAAUUACACCCAUAGCAAGACCCUGGAUAUUUUUUUGGUUCCUAGACCUCUUGCUUUUGCUCUUUUGAAGUUUUUGAAUCUCAUGGCAAGCUGACUGUGCAGUUGCUGACGAAGUGUCAGGCUUGGUGGACCUUCUCCUGCCCUGCUUCUCCUUGGCUGUAGAGGGGACAAGUGUUCCAGUACUCCAUGCUGUCACAGAAAUAAGUGGGUGCCUGGGGUCCCUGCUAUGCUGCCCCUUAUAGUCUCCUUCCUGCCUCUCUGCCACCAGAGUGACACCUGCCUGUCUAGAGCAGUGUCAGCUCAGGACACUCCAAUACCAGAACAGAGGCUCGAGCCUUACACCUCACCUGCAUGGGGCUUGGCCCAUCACUGUUCUGCACCUCGCCUCCAGUCUGGGCCUUGCCCUUAUAUCAUUCCCAGGAUGGCUCAUGGUGUCUGUGGCACUCUCCUACAAGGUCUUUGCUUUCUUCAUGGUCAGCGGGAGGGGUGAAAUUGCAGGGUCCUCUGCUACUUGCCCCCAUAAUCUGUGUGACUGGAGACCACCUCCCUAGGGUGGGGUCUCUGGCUAACCUUGUGUCUUUUGGAUAGUGGCUUCCUUUGGGAGAGAUAAACAACAUAAGAUUUGAUUAUGUUUCUGAAAUGUAUGUGUGAAAAACUUUUUUAAAGGGAUGGUAUAAAAUCUUAAUCUCUUCUGUGAGGAAAUAAAAAGUGGGGGACAGCGAGUUUGAAUGUACACUAUAAUACAGUGCUCUGGGGCCUCUUUCCUGGCACAAAGUUCUGAAAAACCCACUCCCAACCCUCACCCCAAGGACAGCAGUGUCAUUGAGGAAGCUAGUCUGAAGAUGGUCCUGGAGUUUCUGGGAAAACUUUAUACAUUAUCUUUGAUUUUCAGCAUCAGAUUCCUCCCUAGAGAAACCCAGUUUACAUCUCAAAAGAGACCAGAGUGAACCCAGUUAUACUUUAGUUUAAAAUGACCAAGGGGAUCAGAACCAGGACCCUAGGGUCUUGCCCAAAUUUCAGAUAAGUCAAUAAAAGGGAACCUACUAUUCAAUAUAUAAAAGCCCUGCUUGGCACUUUGCACAUGACAUCUCAUGAAAUCUCCAUCUCACUGUUGAGGAGGCAGAGGCAUCUUUCUCUGUGAUGAAAUUCUAGGUUCCAAAAAGGCAGAUAGUGAUGAUGAGACAUAUUGGUAGUAUUUUCUUUAUCCUUUCUCCACCAAGCAAUUGCUUUAUGGAGGGGAAAUAAGGCCAGAAACUUCUGAGUAGAGAAUUCCACAAAUGGAAACUUAAUUUUCUCCUUCUGAUGCCAGUUCUUCUGGGAGGCCCAGAGUUUCAGAUAUAUUUCAGUAACUUGUUCCCAGAUCCCCAGGAAAGCCAGUCUCAUCUGAUUUCUCAGCCAGUGAAAAACAAUUCCCUGUUCCCUCGGGCUGAGGUCUGCUGGCUAGGGAGUUUUCUCUCCCCAGGGUAUUCUAUAAUGGAGGACUCUCUAUCUUGGAGGCUGAUCCAGUCCCAGUCAGGGCAGAAGGAGCACAGAGUUCAAUAAGGCACAGUUUUUGCCCUCAAUAGCUCACUGUGUAUUGGGGAAAUCUAGCCACAGUGCAUUGGUGGUAGGGUACUGGAAUGUUCUAAGAUCCUGAGAGGCAAAGGGACUGCCAAGGACUUCAGAGGAGGUGAAAACCAUUCUAGCUGGGCCUCAUAGAAAAAGGAAGAAAAGGAAAUUCAGGCCCAGGGAGCCAACAUUUAGAGCACAAAGAGGUGUGAGAAUCCCUAUGGGGGGGGUGGUGGUUGGACUAUCUUAUGGGAGGGGUUGGGAGGAGGGGAACCCAGUUGCAGCCUGGCAUAGAAUGGGUGGGCAGAAGGUGAGCAGGGCAGGAGGGUUGCUCUUCUGAGGGACCAGACUGUGCUAGCUGUAGGCAACAAGGAUCCAGGGGAAGCUCAGAGAGCUACACUCAGCUCAGUAUUGGGGAAGGCCCCCUCCCAAGCCAGUGGGCCUGCCUCUUUUCUUUCAUCAGACACUGUGAACACAUUCUCUUCAGUGUGUACCUUUUAGUGACAUCUGUUGUCUGUUUGCUUAUUAUUUCAUUGCUGGAACAAAUAGGCAGUGGGUCAGUUUCUGUGAGAAGCCCAGGGUUUCUGAUCUCCCAUGAAACAGAGUGACCCAUCCAGGUCUCCAGGACCACAAGCAUGGGGCAUGCUAUGAGUCCACAGAUGCUCCCCCCAGAGACAAGGGUUCUGGAGUUAUCAGGAAAACCAGUGACACCAAACUUGAUCAAGCCAGGAACAAAGGAACCCUGUGAGAAUCCUGCUCAGUUCCUUUGAUGGCCUCUUCCCAAUGUGCUUGAGGAAGUCUCUAGCCCCAGCCCUCAUUAACCUUUGCUGGCUUCCCCUGAUUCCAGUUCUCUGUCCUAGCUGGCCUUCCUCCAGCCUCCAAGGAGCCUAGAGCAAAUUAAAUCAACCUAUUAUAUACUAUUUUCUUAGAUCAUGGUUCAUCCAUACAGAACAGAGGAUGGAAGGGUGGCUUUCUAGAAUCCUAGGAUUUUUUUUCUGCUCAAGAAGGGUUGAAAUUGCUGGCAGAUAAAAAUGACAGUGACUUCUAUCAUCCACAAUGAUAGGAAUUUAAAAUGUGUCAUCAGGGAGAAGAAAAGUUGUAAAACCUCAAGCCAUCAUGAGAGCCAGCCCAACAAGGACUGGGGAUGGCUUCUCCUGGCUUGUGUCCUCACGCCCUCACAACCCAGUCACCUUCCAAAGAAGGCAGAGUAGUGAGCAGUCCAGCUGCUAAUUUGGGGAUAAGCUAAGGCUCACGAAUAGAGACACCUUUCCUAAGAUCUUAUAGGGAAAGUUCAUGGCAGAGCUUCAAUGAAAUGCCACAUCUGGGCCAGGAAUUUGAAUUUGAUUUGUUACCCCAAGGAAACCUUCUUCCCCAAGUUCUCUCCCCAGCACCAAUCCCACUUAAAGGGUGGAUGGACCUUUUACUAUGCAGAGUCCCCACCAUCUCUUCUCUGGGUACCAGGAGCUCAUCUCUUCUCUGAGUACCAGGAAGAGUACUCUUACUUAGUGCAGAGCCAUGUGAUUCCUGCUCUUCCUAAGUGUGCACUCUGUUUGGAAAAGAUGCAAGAAAUUAAUGAGAAGCCUGAAAUUGUCCCUACCUGCACAAGUGUGUGGCCUAGAUUGGCCCAGGGCAUAUCUCAACUGUGUCCCAACAUUGUGUCCUUUCAUUCAUUCUGAUGUGACAUUUCAAGCCUUUCCAUAGUUUUCUGGAUAAUCAGAGAACGCUUUUUCUUUGUGGGCUCAGAAGAAAUUGGCCUGCUUUCAUUGUUGGUCUUUUCUUUGAUUGUGCCCUGGAAAAAGUGGUGUGUUAGAUGUCAGAUUUAUCUGGAUCCAGUUAACCCUAUGCUGAGACUCUGAGUCUACAUUAACUUGUAAACUCAAUGAAAAACUCAUCAGUGUCCCUAAGUGUGAAUGUUACUAUUUUGUAGAUCUGGAAACAGAUUCAUAGGGUGGAGCAUACCACUCAAGUGUCCACAGUUCCACAUAUGAUGAAUGAGGGAGCCAGAAUUUGAAUUGGUCAAAGAAUGCUAAUUUUCCACUAUCAUUUCUUAUAAUUCCCCAUGAGGCUAUAUCAAUGAUAACAAAGACUAGAGUGAAACAGAUAACUCAAUGGAUCUUGUUAAAUCCAAAGAAGACACUGGUAAUCUUAAAAUUGCUUCAUAGUCUCAUGUUUUAUAUCAAUGAUUCAUGCAAUAUUUGCAUUCCACUCUAAGUUAGUCUGAUUUGUUAUAACUAUUUAAAUAUUUUUUUCAAAUCAUGUGAGCUUAAUCCCCUCAGUCUACUACGAUGAACUCUAAGGAAUUAUUGUGAGAGGCACAAUUAUUGUGAGAGGCACAAUGUCUAGUUAUGCUACUUCCAUUGAAGGCCAAUUCUAAAUUUAAGCUCAAGAUCAUUUCUUUGUCCCUUAGAUCCUUUGCUCCUUAACACUAUUCAUGGGUUUAUUUUGGUUCAGCUCUCUUCCUCUGCUACAUGCCAGAAGGAACAUAUUGACAAAAUAGUAAAAUGUUUAGGUCUUGCAUGCCUGACAUACUGAGUUUGGGUCCCUAAAGAAAAAUCUUGAAUGUUAGGGCCUCUAGAAGAUAGUAUUUUUUUGUUCAAGUGAAGUCAAGUGGUUGCUAAUGUGGGCAAAUCUGAGGGCAUAGUUCAUGUGAGGGUCUGGGCUCAGGAAACUUCCUCUCUCUAGUCUACCCAGGCAUGCUUUGUGGGUUUAGGAAAGAAAGAAGUGUUAACAGGAAGUACAGGUUACUGUAGCACAGCUCAACUCAUGAGGUUGCUCAGGAAAGUCUUCACAUUCAGUCCCAACAAGGCCAUUUCUUGAUUAUGUUGUUGGACCACAAAAUUAAUGGGAAAGGUAUAAAAAACUAGAGACUAGUUAAGUAGAAGGACUAGAUUUUGAGAGUAAAAUAGUAAGGCAAGGAAUUGGGACUCAGCAAGACUAUGAAGAACCAAGGGUGUACGUGGGUUACUAAGAAAAAUGGCCCCAUCUGUG